AUGGAUCUAACGGAAGCGUUCGCCCCGGGAGGGGGCGGCGAAGAUCUGCCGAAGACGGACUUCUUCGACUUCGUGGUCUCGCCGCCGCCGCACUGCGCCUCCGCGGACGGCGUCUCUGACGAGGAGAGCUUCCUUCACCGCACCACCUGCCGGAGCAUGGGAUACCUGCAGCAGAGCCACGAGGAGCACGAGACCAGCCGCGACCUCCACGGUUCGCCGUUCAUCAAAGAGACCAACAACAAUACUCUAACCGCUCUACCACCCGUGUCAACGAUCACCAGCUCCUUAGGACAUCACCAUCACCAUCACCACGUGAGAACGCAUCACCACGCGUGUAACGUGCAUCAGAGCAACGAGCAGACCCCUAUGGACCAAUCGGAUUGCGAUUAUUGGGGCGCCGACGAGACCAAGGAGCAAACCUGCAAUAUACUUUUAGAGGAUCUGAACAAGUACUGUUGGUCGGCGCACGCGAACGCCCAGAGCCACGGGAAUGACAAUGUGAACGUUCACCAGGGGUCCAACGAGCACCAUCAGGCCGUUGCCAGGGGAUGCUCCGCGAACGACAGACAGAACACGGACGGCGCAAUCUACACGCUGACAGUGUUGAACAAUGAAGCGAAUUCAAUGGACGCACUGGACUGUUGCAAGAGCCCCGCGCCCACGUCCAGCGAUUCUUGGUCUCUGCGGCCUAACCUAGAUCUGGACGCUAUCCUCAGCAUGGAGCCGGCCUCCGCCGAGCCGGACCACGACCAGACGACGAACGUGAGCGAAGUGUCGCGGACGGUGAACGACAGGUUUCAUCCGGAUCGAUUUUCUGUUGCGUCCUCCCAGUACACCACCGACGACAGUGGAUUUGUCGAGAGCAAGGAGCUCUGUGGCCGGGGAUCAUCUAACAGCGGCAAUUGCGCCGGUGGUGACAACAACAACGACUGGAAGCUUUCCGAUCAAAACCUUCAGGAGGCGGCUGCAGCCGCGGCAGCUGCGGCCGCUGUUGCAGCUGGAGACACAGCGGAGAGUCUUCUCAGAAGCGCUCUCCAGGGUAAACUGUACACCGGUCCAGCUCAAGUGGUGUCUUCCUCGUCGCCAUCUAACCAAGGCUCUAUACCGAUGCCGGUUACGAGUAACACAAGCAUGAUCGUACCCGAUCAACAGCAGCAACAGCAGCAACAGCAACAACAACAACGACAGCAACAGCAGCAACAACAACAACAGCAGCAGCCGGACGACUCGAUGCACACGUGUACGGAGGAGGACCUGUUACUCUCCCAGUUGGACCAGACCACUUAUCGUCCUGGUGACUACGAGAAGUUGAAGAGUAUAGCUAACGAAGUGGUGGAGUCUUACUGUAGCCUGGAACCAGUUUGCACCGUGUCAGCGACAACCACUGUCAUGUACACGCUCGACCCAACGAGUGGAAGCUUGGGUACCAUCACACUGCCAGCGGACUUGGGUCAAGUCAGUACGGUGACAGUUGUCACGGCACCUCAGCAGGAUGUCCUUCAGCAACAGACACCUGCUAGACCCGAAGUAGAGCCACAGCAGCCGACCAAUCAGCUCCAGAUGGCCCCGUCGAGGGUGGUCCCGACGAAAACACCUAAGAAGUACUGUAGACGCGCAAACAGGAACAACAACAACGCAAAUGCUGCUAGUAAUGGGAACAGCGGGUCGGAAAGCGGCGGGAACGCUGGCGGCCAGCAACAGGGCGCGUCAGGCGGCUCGCCGGGCAGCGUCCAGCGUAAGGAACGCUCACUCCACUACUGCAGUAUCUGCAGCAAGGGUUUUAAGGACAAGUACAGCGUGAACGUGCAUAUCCGGACGCACACCGGCGAGAAGCCGUUCUCCUGCUCCCUGUGUGGUAAAAGUUUCCGGCAGAAGGCACACCUGGCGAAGCACUAUCAGACCCACGUAACGCAGAAGCCUAGCGUCCAGCAACAGGCGACCGGGAAUAGCGGGAACAAUAACGGGAACAGCGGGAAUCCUAGCCCAUCAGCCGAGACCACCAGCAACACCAGUGCUAAUGUAACAAACAGGAGUCAACCUCAUCAGGUCUCGGUUGAUCCUUCGGGGAACGCCUGCAACCCGCCUAGUUAG